UUAUAACACAUGGUACAACACGUGCGUAUUAUUACAUUUACUUAUUAAUACAAUACAAAAUAUACAAAUAAAAUGACAGAUUCAAAAGAGAACUUCUGUUUGGGGGAAAUAUAUUUCAAAGCGUUACAUUUAUACAAAGAAAGAAAUUUAAUGUACAUUGCUGACACAGAUGAGGUGGUCACCUACAAUGAAUUUCUUUCGUUGUGCGUCCGAAUGGCCCUUAAAUUGAAGAAGAAAGGAUUCAAAAGAACCGACAUCAUCAGUACGUGCACUUACAAUCAAAAAUACGGGAUGGUUCCGAUCAUAGCAGCGCAAUUCCUGGGAUUAGUAACCGCCAAUUUCGAUCCGAGAAUAUCCCGAACCGAAACCAUCCACCUGCUAAAACUGAUAGAGCCGAGGACCCUUUUCGUGGUCGAGCAAUCCUCGGGAUUCAUGGAGGAAUGCGUGAAGGAAGCCGGCUUGGAAGUCGACAUCGUCGUCUUCGAAUCCGACAGGUUCUUCGAAUACCUUCGGGCCGACGAGGACGAAUCGACUUUCUAUCCGGAAAUCGUCGAUGAAAAUGACACUGCGCUGAUCGCUUUUAGCAGCGGCACCACCGGCUUGCCGAAGGGUAUAUGCUUGAGUCACCGCAGCUUCAAAAUAGACGCGCAAGUCUUGCACAAAAUCAACCCCAACCCCGUCAAGUCCUUGCUCUUUGCUUCCAAUUAUUGGAUCAGCGCGCACAUCAAUUUCUCGAGAUCAGUCACUAACGGGAACGGUACGGUGGUUUGCAAGGAAUUCGAACCGAAGAGCGUGUGGAAAAUUAUAGAAAAAUAUAAGGUGUUCUCGAUGUUCCUGCCUCCGUAUCUCGCGAGAGAGUUAUUGAAAGUGAAACCGGAACGUUGCGAUGUGAGCAGCGUGAGGUACAUUGCGACCGGUAGUUGCCCGUUAACGCUUGAAACCAUGCUAGAUCUCAGGGAAGCUUUUCCGCAGGGUCAAGUUUUUAACGUGUACUCCCAAACGGAAUUCGGCGGAACGAUAAUUUGCUUUUUCCAUCCCGCUUUUGAGUACGAAGAGCAGGUCAAGAAGCCAAUGUCCAGCGGGAAAUUCCGGGAUUCCUUCGGUAUUCAGUGGAAGAUAGCGGAUUUGGAUUCGGAAAAACCACUGGGCCCGUUCGAGCGUGGCGAGUUGAGAAUUAAAUCCGACAGCCUAAUGAAAGGUUACUACAAAAUGGACUCGUCGCACGUUUACGACAGCGAGGGAUACCUAAAAACCGGCGAUAUAGCUUACUACGACGAGGACAAAUGCAUAUACAUUCUAGACCGAGUAAAAGAAAUGUUUAAAUGCAAGGGUUUCCACGUGAUUCCGGCCGUGAUAGAAAACGUGCUGAAAUCCCAUCCCGCCGUCAAGGACGCCGUUGUCGUGGGGACACCUCACGGUGAAGAAGGAUUCCAUCCGAUGGGCAUUGUCCAAUUGAACGACGAACGCGGGAGUAUCGACGAAGCGGACCUGGUGAAUUAUGUCAAUGAGAGAGUGGCCGAUUAUCAAAAAUUAAGAGCCGGCAUCAAAUUUGUUUCGUGCAUUCCAAAAACCGUCACGGCAAAAACCAAAACCUCCGAUUUAUUACAAGCCAUUAAUCAUUAAUCAGAGUUAGGUAAAUUUGGUAAAUAUACCCGCUAAUUUAUGUUAAUGUAGUGGAUGUUUUCGUGAACGAGAUUGCUGGUACAUUGUUUUUAAAAUAUCGACAUAUCGCCUGAUUGUUUUUUGACACAAAUUAUCCUAAAAUUCACUUUAUAUACUACUAGAUUUUUAGGUCAGGAAGGGCAAAUAUUGUUGCCUGUAGGACCUCUUUUUCCUUUAUUAUUUGUGUUAAAAUAGUAUUUAUAUGGAAUUAUGUAUUGUAAGUAAUGUAAUAUGUUUUGUUAUGCAAUAAAAGUGAAUUUCCAUCAA